ACCACUAAUUUAUUUUCUUUUAUUAAUAAAACUGACAUUCCAUGGAUCCUAAACAAGAGUCUCUCUUGGUUUGCCUUUAUAAAUAACAUCGAUCCCUCUACAGAAAACAACACGUCAUUUUUUUUACGUUUUCCUCGCUUUCUAAAACCACUUGAGAGCUGAGUGAUCAUCAAAGAUUCAAAAGGUGGUGAUGGAAAAAAUGAGAGAUAUAGUGAAAGAAGGGAUGAGAGUAGGGAAUGAAGACCCAAGAAGAAUAAUUCAUGCUUUCAAAGUGGGACUUGCACUUGUUGUGGUCUCUUCCUUCUAUUAUUACCAACCUUUCGGUCCUUUCACCGAUUAUUUCGGUAUCAAUGCAAUGUGGGCUGUCAUGACCGUCGUAGUUGUCUUUGAAUUCUCUGUUGGGGCCACACUUGGGAAAGGACUAAAUAGAGGAGUGGCAACACUAGUAGCAGGAGGACUAGGAAUUGGAGCUCAUCAACUAGCAAGAUUGUCGGGUACAACAGUAGAACCUAUUCUUUUGGUCAUGUUGGUCUUUGUGCAAGCUGCGUUGUCGACGUUCGUGAGGUUCUUCCCAUGGGUGAAGAAAAAAUUCGAUUAUGCGAUAUUGAUAUUCAUAUUGACGUUCGCGCUGAUAUCGUUAUCGGGGUUUAGGGACGAAGAGAUAUUGGAUUUGGCCGAAAGCAGAAUCUCGACAGUGGUGAUUGGAGGACUAAGUUGCGUCUUUAUCUCUAUCUUUGUCUGUCCUGUCUGGGCUGGACAAGAUCUUCAUUCUCUCCUUGCCUCUAACUUUGACACUCUCGCCUACUUCCUUCAAGAUUUUGGGGACGAAUAUUUUGAAGCGAGAGUGGAGGCCGGGGACUACAAAGUGGUGGAGAAGAGGGGAAGGAAUCUUGAUAGAUUUAAAAGUGUUCUUGACUCAAAAAGCGAUGAAGAAGCUUUGGCUAAUUACGCAGAAUGGGAACCGCCCCAUGGCAAAUUUAGGUUUAGGCAUCCAUGGAAACAAUAUCUUGCCGUUGGUGCAUUACUCCGUCAGUGUGCCUACAGAAUUGAUGCCUUGAAUUCGUACAUCAACUCAGAUUUUCAGAUCCCAAUGGACAUAAAAAUGAAAUUAGAAGAACCAUUAAGAAGAAUGAGCUCGGAGUCGGGAAAAUCAAUGAAAGAAGUGUCCAUUUCACUAAAGAAAAUGAUAAAAUCAUCUUCUUCUGAUAUCCAUGUCUUGAACUCACAAUCUGCCUGCAAAGCUCUUUCUACUUUACUAAAAUCAGGCAUCUUGAACGAUGUUGAGCCUCUUCAAAUGAUUUCACUGCUGACAACAGUCUCCCUGCUCAUAGAUAUUGUUAAUUUAACCGAAAAAAUCUCAGAAUCCGUACAUGAGCUUGCAUACGCUGCAAGAUUUAAGAACAUGAUGAGGCCGACAGUAUACUCGGAUUCCGGAAGCAUUGUCCGUGCCAUGCCAAUAGAAUCUCAUGCAGGUGAUCAUGUUGUCACAGUUUUGCAUGAUGUUGAUACAUCAAGCAAUAAUGUUGAUAAUUCGCUUGGUGAGAGUUCACAGAACUCAUGUCAUCACGUCGCCAUAAAGAUUGUUGAUGAUGAUCAUUCAAACCAUGAAGAUGGUGAAAUACAUAUACAUACGAGUUUGUUAGAAGAUGUGAAAAGGAAUGACCGUCUUCACUGAGUAAUUCGAUCCUCAAGGAUCAGGAGCAGUGUUUUGUACCCGCAAGAUUAUAGAAGUGAGUGAGACCAGCGGUAAAUAAAGUAUACGGGAAUUUUAAAUUUGAAGUUUUGAGACUAAUUAAAAGUUACAAAUACAAUUCCAUCCUUCGAGUAUUUUUGAACUAUUGGUCACAUUAAUGAAGUAUUGGUUUUUGUU